AUGGCAAAAGAAAGGUAUGAGGAAGGAUUAUACUAUGAUGGGUCUAUGGUCAAUAUCUUGGAAAGCAACCCAACACCUUUGAAAAUUAAAGAUUAUCCAAUUUCAAAGAAAAGUUUAAUUGAAGGUGCAAUGGCUUUAUUUAUCCAAAAAAUUCUUUUGAUAUGUGCAUUGACGUUGCUAUUCGAACACAGUGUUCUUGGAAUAACAGUGAGCAUUACUAACAAAUUGCAAUCCCGUAAGGACUUAACUGUUCACUGCAAAUCUGCUGAUGAUGAUCUUGGAGUUCGUGUUCUUAAGUUUAAUCAUGGCUUUGAUUGGUCUUUUGAAUAUAAUGUGUUUGGUAGAACACAAUUCUAUUGUUCCUUUAAGUGGAAUGGUGGUGAAUUGAAAUGGUAUGACAUAUUCAUUCAACGUAGAGAUCAUUGUGAUAAUUGCAUGUGGUCUAUAUUUGAAGAUUACCCAUGUAUUCUACGUAAAAAUGGUUUAGCUUGCUUUAACUAUAAUAAGUAA